AUGAAAGGAGCUAUACAUUAUUGUGCGUGGACUGAUACAUAUACAUGUGUGCUUGUGAGGUUCGAUGUCAGGUCAGAAGGAUUUGAUAUGAUGCAAGUACCUUGGAGGGCCGGUGAGAAGAUAGAGAAGCUAACUAGAGAUGAGAAGACAGUGACUCAAAUAGAUUAUGGUGGAACAGUGGCUGUCUUUGACAUUACCUAUCUAAAAGAGACGGGUACCGUGGAUCUAUGGGUUGUUGAAGAUUGGACGAAGAAAGAAUGGUCGAGGAAGACUUUGGUUUUGAAGCCUUCUCAGAUGCAUUUAGUCAUUACCAAUUGUUUGAUAAUAAGAGGUACACAUCUAAAAGGCAAGGUUAUUUUGUUUCCGCGAGACUUAAUUUCUCCCUUUUACAUCUUGUGCUAUGAUCUACACACGAAUAAUCUGGAAUGGAUUGAGAUCAAAGGGAUACCGGAUUCCUGGUUUAGUAAGGAUGAAGAUAUCACAUAUUUUGACGUGGAUUUCAUGCAUCCGAGUGAGAGCAUCAGGUACUUGGAGUCUGAGCGUAAGAUUUUCAGAUAA